AAGACGCUUGCUGAGGAAAAGCGGAGAAAACUUCAUGCAGUUUUAGACAAAACAAAAAAAUUAAACAACUAUUUUUUAAUUAAACCUACAACUACAACUUCCAAAGCGCAAACACAUGAUUCGGAUUCGGAAUCGGAGACUGUUACUGCUGUGUCUGCUGUACCUAUACCACCAGAUAAUGCGGAAGCGAUGGACACGGAGCCAAGUGAGAGGUCAGAAUCUAAAAUAGAAGCAUCUGCAUGUGCAUCAGCUUCAGUAAAUCCACAAUGUUUACAAGCAGUUAUCAGUAACGACCCUGCCGAAUGGAAGGCCAACGAUGCUACUAUCGAUUAUUUGUUGUCCUUACCAAGUGAAAUAUGCCAAAAUACAGAUGAGGAUUUUUCACUAACAAAAACUGUUAUUGGCAAUAAGACACGGUAUCUUACUAAGAACGUUUUCCGUCGGAAACUUGCCAAUGAGGAAGAACAACCUCGUAGAUACUUAAUAUAUUCACCAUCAAAGAAAUCCCUGUUUUGCAUUCCAUGUCGUCUUUUCGGAGGAACCUCAAAAAUGGCCACUGAUGGCGUAAAUGAUUGGAGUAAUGUAAAUAAAAUUUUGAAUUUACAUGAAAACCCCCACGAACACGCCAAAUCCCAAGUAACCUUAUUGCGGCGUCAACAAAAGCAAAACCAAAUUGAUUCAUUGCUGUGUCAGCAAAUAAGACUCGAAGAAGAUUACUGGCGAAAAGUGUUAAAGCGGGUGGUUGCAGUGACUAAAAAAUUGGCUUCCAGAGGUUUACCGUUUAGAGGAACAGUUGAAAAAUUCGGCAAUCCAAACAACGGAAACUUCAUGAUGUGUCUGGAGCUCAUAUCAUGGAGCUCUCAUCUACAAUAUGUGAAGAAUUUAUCGACUUAAUGUCGACUGAGGUUCUGAAUCACAUUAUGUCCGAAAUUGUAAAGUCAAAAUACUAUUCAAUUAUAAUUGACUCAACACCCGACAUGGCACAUAUUGAUCAAUUAUCCGUAAUCAUCAGAUAUGUUACAGAAAAUGGAAAACCAGUAGAGCGCUUCGUUGGCUUUUUGCCAAAUGUGGGACAUAAAUCUGAAGAUAUGGAAAAUGCUGUAAUUUCUAAAUUGGAGAAGCACAAUUUGGAAUUAAAACAUUGUCGAGGUCAGUCCUACGACAACGCUAGUAAUAUGUCCGGCUGUUACAGUGGUUUACAAGCAAGGAUUUUGAAACGCAACCCGCUCGCUGAUUACCUACCAUGUGCCGCCCAUUCAUUGAAUUUGGUUGGCGUCUGCGCUGCCGAAUGUGCCGGAGAGGCUGUAAGGUUUUUUGAAACGGUGCAGAGCCUAUAUACUUUUUUCUCGGCGUCUACUCGUCGUUGGGAAAUUCUACUUUCCAAUUUAAAACCCGGCGCUAAAGUUCCAAAACGGGUCGACGGAACAAGAUGGUCUGCACGCCAUGAUGCUUUAAUGAGCUUACGCGGGAGCUGGAGCAAUUAUUUAAAUGCUUUGACAACAAUUGAAGAAGCGGUUUCAGAAAAACCAACGGUUCGAACGGAGGCAGCUGGGAUUAAACGUCGCUUAAACCGUUUCGAAUGUGCCUUCAUGUCGGUUUUUUGGGAAGUGAUAUUAGAGCGUUUCCAUAAAACCAACAAAACUCUUCAGGGCGUCGAUAUCGAUACUGGCGACGUAACUAGACUCUUUUUAUCAUUGAUAAAUUUUGUCAAAUCUUUGCGAAAUACUGCCAUGUUUGAAACGUACAUUGACAAAGCCAAAAAUAUUAUGGAUGAAAGAUAGGAUGAUGACCAUCAAAGAAAUCGGAGACGUAAACUUUUCCCAGAUGAAAAUAGGGAUGGUGACACAAUUCUGACAGGAAGGGAACAGCUAAAAGUGGACACAUAUUUUUCUAUACUUGAUAGGGUUUCAAUGGAACUGAACAAAAGAUAUGAA